GCGUCUUUCCACACGCGUAAAGUGGUUUUGGUUUGUUUUUGUGGUAGAGCGGGCAGCGCUGGACUUCGAACGAUAGACAAUCAAUGAUGAACACCGUCUCCAUCUCAUAGUACCAUAAAUACUCGCCGGCAAGAUGGCUGACCUAGGCCCAGCAUCAGGCUACAACGAUGCCAACCGGGCGUUUUUGCAGGCCUUUCUCGCUCGGAGUGUGCUCACCCUGGAGACGGCGAAGCCCAUCUUGGCGGCCAUCUCGACGUUCCAAGACGGACGCGAAGUCCAACCGCAGGACAUGACGGUUGAAGACUUGAACUACUACAUAUCGGAGGCGAAUCGAGCCCUGUCGCCACUUGAUCUAGAGAUCCGCAGCACAUUCCACCAACAGACUCGAGAACGGUUUUACGCUCUGGUCAACACGACCAGCGACUCGUUGACGCAAUUGGCUACGACCUACACCGCGGAUGAGAUUCUUUAUGUCAAGAAACUGCUCGAUGCAAUGUUUGACGGGCCGAACAAUAAGGGGAAGCGCGAAGCCAUGUGUCUGAGUGCGAUUGAGGCGAUUCAAGUGGGACGGGCGAAGAGCAGGCGUGAGACACAGAAUGACAACAACGCCGCGACGACAACUACAUCGUCGACGGCGGGAAUGUUAGGUGCUAGAGAUGCCGAGGCCAUGCUGGGCAAAUUGCUGGAUGAAGGCUGGUUGGAGAAGAGCAAGCUAGGGUUUUACAGUUUGAGUCCACGCGCGUUGAUGGAGUUGAAGGGCUGGCUGGUCGAUACCUACAAUGACGAGGAUGAAGAUGGGCAUCGACGAGAUAAGAUCAAGUUCUGUCAUGCGUGCAAGGAGAUCAUUACCGUGGGUCAACGGUGUCCGCGGCGUGAAUGCAGCUGUCGCCUUCAUAAUAUUUGCACCCAGAACUUCUUCCGAAUGCAACGCUCCCAGACAUGUCCUCUCUGCCAGACUGAAUGGGAUGGCCAGCAUUAUGUUGGGGAAAAGGCUAUCACGACAUCGGAAAGUUAUCAGAGUGGCAGACGAAGGAGCGGGCAUCGACCUAGACCGGAUCCCGAGGAAGAUGAUGCGGAAGACGGAGACGGCUGAAGGGUAUACAGUACCUUGCACGCAAUCAUAUACCAGAAAUGCCGGUUGUCCACGGUCGAGUGCUACAAGGCUUCAUGGGCAGAUAGCAGCGCCCUUCAAAGGCUUACAAGCACCAUCGGUCUGUUGCUCUACCCCGUUUAUGCCAGUUGCAGUGGCCAUGAGAAAAAGAGAGCACGACUCAACGGGAAAGUUGAGGAUGUUUCAACGCAAUGAAGGACCAUUCAGCCGAUGGACAACAUCUGGCGGCUCUUAUGACCACUCUGGAGGGCAUCAUCAACCUUUUUCUCAAAAGCCACUCAACGCUCGUGGCCCGCAAGCCGUUCAUUGUGACACCGGGCGGAGAAAGGGAAUGGGGAGCCUGUGGCCUCUAGGUUGGUGUGAACUUUUUAGGGCAUUGCAUUCUAUUGUCUAUCCCACUGUCUAAGGAGUAUGACCGGCGAAAGAGUGCUCCGGCAGUGUGAGAUGGGUUCCAAGCUGGUCACACCUGAGCUGGACACCAACGGGAGUCACUGGCGGCCCACACCGUUCAGUGUCGUUUCCAGUACGCCUGGUUGGUAACCAUAAGCGUGGUAGCAGACAUGUACGGCCAAGACUGUUCACCUGUGUGACUGAACGCUGGUCUGUACAUCAUAGGUAAGGCAGAAUCUGGUUCAGAACACUUCUGGCACCAGCCCAAGGACAACCCAGCCUUAUCACCCCUCCUUUAGCAGGCGACGUUCAGCGCUUAUAGUGAAAAUAAUGAUAAGAAUGGCACGUACUUCCAUGUCGUCCGGCAAGCUCAAGCCGAAGAG